CUCCUUCCUCCUGGAGGGCCCAAGAGUAUAUAAGGAGCAGGGGAACUGCGCUCGAGCACAAGACUCAGCCCAAACUCUCCUAGCCAGAGCCUGAUACACCAGCCGGAAGCCAUGCUGCUCUUGCUGACCCUCACCCUGCUGGUGAGCCCCACCUGCUGGGGACGAAUUGACAAUUCCUUCAGCACCGCUAUGUGCAGCGAGGCAGCCAUUAAGGCCAUUCGGGUGGCUGUGAGUUAUGUUGGCAACAUUAUAAGUGUCCAGGUUAAACUAGGCAAAUACUGGGAUGUUGUCCAUGGCCAUCAAGGAGGGACUGUCAUGGAAUUCAACCUGGACGACGACGAAUACUUCACCGAGGUCCACGGCUCCAAGAAAAUCAACAUCCGAUACUUGCUCCUGUGCACCAACAAGAAUCGCUGCGCCUCGUUUGGGAAAAAUGAUGGCCAGCAGUUCUUCUCCUUCCCCCCAGAGGCAGACCAGGUGCUCAAGGCCAUCGCUGGCGUGGUCGGGCCCAUUGGCUUACAGAAGCUUGAGUGGAGGUGGGGUAAUUUACAAACGGAACCAACCACUACACCACCCGCCACUUCACAGACGAAGAAAUGAAUUGGCCGAGUCCUCAGGCUGGGCCACCGGUACGCUCACUGAGGCUGGCUGAGUAGGGAUUGCUGCUCGUGCUGGGGUGAUCAAGUUGGGAUUCCGAAUCCACCAGUAAUUAAAGCUUCUGCAGGAACGGUGUGCAGGCGUGGUCCUUGGGUCUGAGGGUCCAAAGCUGCUGGGGCUGCUGGAGUCCCAGGAACUCCAAUCCGAGGUGGGCAGCAGUGACUCUGCUGAGAUUCGGGACCAACUCCACACUCCGAAGGGUCAGGCUCCAAGGCCACCACUGCCCCUGCGCCCUCUCCAGACCCCUCCAGCUGGUCUCCAGCAGCCAGGCCCAGCUCUGGGCUCCCGAGUGUGUAAGAGGGAAGCCUCGGGGGAGCCACUCACGGGCUCAUUCUCUCAGCAGAUAUCUGCCAAGGCCUUGUCGCCACCAGGCACCGCCAGACACUGGAAAUAAAGAAGGGGCCAAGUGUCCAGCUGAGGAGCUGGCUGACCUGUCGUGCCCAGAUAGCUGCGUUUCACUGUGGCGUUGAUGCGCUGACGGGAGCUCAUGCAGGAUGUUGUAUGUGGGCAUCUACUCAGAGGUGCAGCGGGGAAUGUGCUCCAGGGGGUCUCCCUGGAGGAGGGAAGAGCCGAGCAAGUCUUAAAGGGUAAGGGAGAGUUGUCCAAAUACAGACAAGGAAGGAGGGCCCAAGCGGUAGCCCAGGAGAAGCUGGGUGUGGUGGUGCAUGCCCGUAGUAUCAGCUCUUUGGGAGGCUGAAGCCGGACGAUUCCAGAGUCAAGUGGCACCCAGGCAAUUUAG